UGUCAGUCUGGAGGUUCGGUCAAGUUCUUGAUUACGACUGCGUGGUUAGAUCGUUUCUAGAAUACAAAACCCAUACAGAUCGAACUAUUCGAAUUAUCAAGAUUACAAAGAUCAACAAGACGCAAAGAACAACUCCUCCAACAACCGAAGAAUUGUUACAAACUGGACCUAUACUGAACGCCUGUUGCAAUCGAACCCCGAAGUCGUCAAUCUCAUUCCUACCCGUCUACGAUAUCAUCUACGAAUCACCUAUUCUAAACCAUACUGGCACCUUAACUUGUAUGGCGAUACGAUCGCCCUUCUACUUGACCCAACAUUCACCACUGCCAACCAUCACCAUAUCCUCGACAGUGGUAUCUGUGCAGAGCCCGGCUAUAUACGCACCAUUUCUUCCAGCUCCAUCAUCAGGCUACCCACCACCGCCAUAAACGUACCUCAACUUCUCUUUACCCACACAUUACGGGCACAAUGGGCGGACCAGCGCAUCACGAACCCUUCCGGGCACUCGGCCCCAUCUCCUGGCCUACCGACCUCGCCGGCAGACCCGACUCGGACCUGCAAGCCCUCAUGACCUCCACGUUCACCGAUGCCCAAACCCUCGUCGACUCGAUCCCGAUACCACCCAGCGUCGCUGCCGCCACGGCGAAAGCUCAAAGCCGCCCCCGCUCAGCAACCAGUUCGGCCAUAACUGGUCGCCACCAGCCUGACAACUCCGGCUUCCUCCCCAUAAAGCUCUCAGCGGAAGCAGCCGAAACAGCCACCAAGCUCCGCAAAGAAUGGAAAGAGUGCAAAGUUUCCAAUACCAAAGAGAACCCGCUCGGCAUUAACGUGUACAAGCUCUCUGCAAAAGACGGAAAGGGCGCCUGGUUCGCGCGGAGGAGCGUCCAUAAAGAUGUGGCCUUUGACAAGUGGCGGGCAGGGCUGGAGAGGGAGUUCGCUGAAAGUAUAAAGCGGUAUCAGGAGAACGGGACGGAGCCGGGCACGGGAAAUAUUAGAGGUAUUGGUGGAGAGAAGAGGCUUGAGCGUGUGAGUGUAGGCGCCGGAGGAGGAGGAGGAGGAGGAGGAGGAGCAGAAGGUGAUAGCAGCGGGGAACAAGGACAAGGGAGGCUGGAGGUGUUCCUGGUGAGCGCGAGGUUUCCUGGGCCGACUACGCCUAGGGACUUUGUCACCUGUCUGAUGAUGCCUGGGCCUGGGGCUACUGGAAAUGCGUCGGAAAAGGGACCGCGGCAGCCGAGGCAGUUCAUGUUGGUGUCGAGACCAUGUGAACACCCUGAUGCCCCUGCUAGGUCGGAUUUCAUCAGGGGACAGUACGAAUCCGUCGAGGUUAUCAGGGAGAUUCCGCUGGAUAGGCCGUUGAGAAGGACGAAAUCUUCUUCGGAACUCAGUAGGGAGGAGUUUCACGAGAUGAAGGAUGCGCUGGAUCAGGCAGACGUGGAUGACCUCAAAAAGGAGGCUGUGCUGCGGUCUGCUAAGAAAGCGGCAAUGGCAGUGGCAGAGGGAGCAGAUGAUGACCAACACUUUGCUGUCGAGUGGCUCAUGGUGACACGCAGUGACCCCGGAGGCAGUGUGCCAAGGUUUAUGGUCGAAAGAGGAACUCCUGGCGGAAUAACUAACGAUGCUGCCCGUUUACUGGAUUGGCUGUCAACCAAAAGUAUCGAAGAGCUUACCGAAAGUGAUGGCGAAGAGGUGCUGGAGCAAACAGCACAGGCCGUCCCGCAACCUGCUGCAGCUACGACGGCACCAGACAACAUUCAGCGCAAGGACGUUACCGUACAACAGAAAAGAGCUGCUGGUGUCGAUAAGGCCGACCAUGCCCAAUCUCCGUUACGAGAGACAGAGGCUGUCGAGGAAGAAGCCCCUGCUUCGCAGUCGAGUGGACUCUAUGGUAUGUUGACCGGUGCUCUCGGCGCAGCAGGCAAUGCCGUAGCCAACAAAGUGGCCAACUUCGCCGGCACUACCAACACCAACACCGACGACGACACCGCUUCACUCGCCUCCUCCAUCUCUUCCUCUGACAUUGAAAGCGACAUGUCAUCUAUCCGCAGCUUCGUCUCCGCCACAGAAGGAGAAGGCCACCCCAUCAACGCAUCCGGUCAGUCCCUCACCGUCAACGGCAACGGCGACCUCUCCAACGAUCCCACCAGCGCAACGUCCAUCCGCUCCGAGCUCUCCGCCACCGAAUCCGCCUCUUCUCUCCAGCCCACCGUUACCGGCGACAACGGCAGCAUUCAUCUCCCCGACCACUACUCCGCGCGGCGCGAAAAGCACGAAAGAGAAGUCCGCAAGCUCGAGGAGCGCCACCGCAAGGCCGAAGAGAAACUGCACCGUCUCCAAGCCAAACAAGCCGCCAAGCGGCGCGAACAGGAAGAGAAGGGACUCGCCGCCGCCGCGGCUGCCGCUGCCCUCGAUGAUGACACCGCCUCCAAGCACAACAAAAGCAGCAAGAUGGUGCACGAGGACGCCCGGCUCGCCAAGCUACGCGAGAAGCACGAGCGAGAACUCGCUAAGCAGGAAGAGAAGUACCAGCGCGAGCUGACGCGGUUGGAGCAGCACCGGCUGCGGGAGGAGCGGAAAGCGAAGGAGAAGCUGAGGAAGGCGGCUGAAAAGGAGGAAAAAGCUAAUGUGCUGAGGGAGAUGGAAAAGGUCAAAGCGGAGAGGGAUCUGGCGUUGAGGCAGAUGGAGAUGUUGAGGGAGCAGGUGGGCGAGUUGCAGAGGCAGAAUACCAUGUUGGCGGCGAGGCUGGGGAAGUAUGAGGGGCCUGGGGCCACGGUUGGAAGUGAAGCAGCGGUUGGGGAAGUGGAGGUUGUUAAGAACGGCGGCGCUGUUGGGGCGUAGGAUGGAACACCUCGCUGGUCGAGGAGAGGAAGUAUUUCGGGAAGAGGUGGAAAUGCAGGAAUGAUUAGGAUGGGGAUGACGAAGAGGAGGAUGACGGGUUGACGAGUUGACGUUUGGUUUUAUGAAUAGAAUAGGAGAACACGAGGAGAGGAUACAUUUUUCUUGGUAGUCGUGAUGGAUUAUUACCGAUUGCAAUUCUUGCCUCCUGAGUAUCAGUUUCUUUUCGCAGGACGGUCCUAUUUACCUAGUGGAUGCGUUUGGAAGAUGUGGUUGCCAGGCAAUGCUAUCAGCGUUAUGUCAUGCAGAAAAUACACCCGAUCAUGAGU